AUGUUCUACACUGUCAGCCUGUUCUACAUUAUCAGCCUGUCCUACAUUAUUAACCUGUUCUACACUGUCACCCUGUUUUACAUUAUCAGCCUGUUCUACACUAUCAGCCUGUUCUACACUAUCAGCCUGUUCUACACUGUCACCAUGUUCUACACUGUCAGCCUGUUCUACAUUAUCAGCCUGUCCUACAUUAUAAACCUGUUCUACACUUUCACCCUGUUUUACAUUAUCAGCCUGUUCUACGUUAUCAGCCUGUUCUACACUGUCACCAUGUUCUACACUGUCAGCCUGUUCUACACUGUCUGCCUGUUCUACGUUAUCAGCCUGUUCUACACUGUCAGCCUGUUCCACACUGUCAGCCUGUUCACACUGUCAGCCUGUUCUACACUGUCAGUCUGUUCUACAUUUUCAGUCUGUUCUACAUUGUCAGCCUGUUCUACGUUAUCUGCUUGUUCUACAUUAUCAGCCUGUUCUACACUGUCAGCCUGUUCCACACUGUCAGCCUGUUCUACACUGUCAGCCUGUUCUACAUUAUUAGCCUGUUCUACAUUAUCAGCCUGUUCUACGUUAUCAGCCUGUUCUACACUGUCAGCCUGUUCUACACUGUCAGCCUGUUCUACACUAUCAGCCUGUUCUACACUGUCAGCCUGUUCGACACUGUCAGCCUGUUCUACAUUAUUAGCCUGUUCUACAUUAUCAGCCUGUUCUACGUUUUCAGCCUGUUCUACGUUAUCAGCCUGUUCUACAUUGUCAGCCUGUUCUACACUGUCAGCCUGAUCUACACUGUCAGCAUGUUCUACAUUAUCAGCCUGUUCUACAUUAUCAGCCUGUUCUACACUGUCAGCCUGUUCUAUACUGUCAGCCUGUUCUACGUUAUCAGCCUGUUCUACGUUAUCAGCCUGUUCUAUGUUAUCAGCCUGUUCUACACUGUCAGCCUGUUCUACGUUAUAAGCCUGUUCUACACUGUCAGCCUGUUCUACGUUAUCAGCCUGUUCUACACUGUCAACCUGUUUUACACUGUCAGCCUGUUCUACAUUAUUAACCUGUUCUACACUGUCACCCUGUUUUACAUUAUCAGCCUGUUCUACACUAUCAGCCUGUUCUACACUAUCAGCCUGUUCUACACUGUCACCAUGUCUACACUGUCAGCCUGUUCUACAUUAUCAGCCUGUCCUACAUUAUUAACCUGUUCUACACUGUCACCCUGUUUUACAUUAUCAGCCCGUUCUACACUCUCAGCCUGUUCUACACUAUCAGCCUGUUCUACACUGUCACCAUGUUCUACACUGUCAGCCUGUUCUACAUUAUCAGCCUGUCCUACAUUAUUAACCUGUUCUACACUGUCACCCUGUUUUACAUUAUCAGCCUGUUCUACAGUCAGCAUGUUCUACACUGUCAGCCUGUUUUACACUGUCAGCCUGUUCUACGUUAUCAGCCUGUUCGACAUUAUCAGCCUGUUCCACACUAUCAGCCUGUUCCACACUGUCAGCCUGUUCUACACUGUCAGCUUGUUCUACAUUAUCAGCCUGUUCUGCACUGUCAGCCUGUUCUACACUGUCAGCCUGUUCUACGUUGUCAGUCUGUUCUACAUUUUUAGUCUGUUCUACAUUGUCAGCCUGUUCUACGUUAUCAGCUUGUUCUACAUUAUCAGCCUGUUCUACACUGUCAGCCUGUUCCACACUGUCAGCCUGUUCUACACUGUCAGCCUGUUCUACACUGUCAGCCUGUUCUACAUUAUUAACCUGUUCUACAUUAUCAGCCUGUUCUACAUUAUCAGCCUGUUCUACACUGUCAGCCUGUUCUACACUAUCAGCCUGUUCUACACUGUCAGCCUGUUCUACACUGUCAGCCUGUUCUACGUUAUCAGCCUGUUCUACGUUAUCAGCCUGUUCUACAUUGUCAGCCUGUUCUACACUGUCAGCCUGUUCUACACUGUCAGCCUGUUCUACACUGUCAGCUUGUUCUACACUAUCAGCCUGUUCUACAUUAUUAACCUGUUCUACAUUAUCAGCCUGUUCUACAUUAUCAGCCUGUUCUACACUGUCAGCCUGUUCUACACUGUCAGCCUGUUCUACGUUAUCAGCCUGUUCUACUUUAUCAGCCUGUUCUACAUUGUCAGCCUGUUCUACACUGUCAGCCUGUUCUACACUGUCAGCCUGUUCUACACUGUCAGCCUGUUCUACAUUAUCAGCCUGUUCUACAUUAUCAGCCUGUUCUACACUGUCAGCCUGUUCUAUACUGUCAGCCUGUUCUACACUGUCAGCCUGUUCUACGUUAUCAGCCUGUUCUACGUUAUCAGCCUGUUCUACACUGUCAGCCUGUUCUACAUUAUCAGCCUGUUCUACAUUGUCAGCCUUUUCUACACUGUCAGCCUGUUCUACACUGUCAGCCUGUUCUACGUUAUCAGCCUGUUCUACGUUAUCAGCCUGUUCUACGUUAUCAGCCUGUUCUACACUGUCAGCCUGUUCUACGUUAUCAGCCUGUUCUACAUUAUCAGCCUGUUCUACAUUAUCAGCCUGUUCUACACUGUCAGCCUGUUCUACAUUAUCAGCCUGUUCUACACUGUCAGCCUGUUCUACGUUAUCAGCCUGUUCUACAUUAUCAGCCUGUUCUACACUGUCAGCAUGUUCUACGUUAUCAGCCUGUUCUACACUGUCAGCCUGUUCUACGUUAUCAGCCUGUUCUACAUUAUCAGCCUGUUCUACAUUAUCAGCCUGUUCUACAUUAUCAGCCUGUUCUACACUGUCAGCCUGUUCUACAUUAUCAGCCUGUUCUACACUGUCAUCCUGUUCUACGUUAUCAGCCUGUUCUACAUUAUCAGCCUGUUCUACACUGUCAGCAUGUUCUACGUUAUCAGCCUGUUCUACACUGUCAGCCUGUUCUACGUUAUCAGCCUGUUCUACAUUAUCAGCCUGUUCUACAUUAUCAGGCUGUUCUACACUGUCAGCCUGUUCUACACUGUCAGCCUGUUCUACACUGUCAGCCUGUUCAACGUUAUCAGCCUGUUCUACGUUAUCAGCCUGUUCUACGUUAUCAGCCUGUUCUACACUGUCAGCCUGUUCUACGUUAUCAGCCUGUUCUACGUUAUCUGCCUGUUCUACACUGUCAGCCUGUUCUUCAUUAUUAGCCUGUUCUACCUCUGUGCUUCUGCUAAGCUACAACAAAAAUACAGAAGAACAAUGGCUGCCUAAAUGUCUACACUCUACUAACACAACUGAAGUAAAGUUUGAAUAAAUGUCUGCACUCUAUCAACACAACUGAAGUAAAGUUUUAAUAAAUGUUUACACACCACCAACAAAACUGAAGUAUAGUCUGAAUUAAUAUCUUCAAUCUACCAACCAAACUGAAGUAAAGUCUGAAUAAAUGUCUUCACACUACCAAGACAAAAGAAGCAAAGACUGAAGUGUCUGCACUCCUCCAACAAAACUGAAGUAAAGUCUGAAUAAAUGUCUGAAAUCUAUCAACAAAACUGAAGCAAUGUCUGAAUAAAAGUCUGCAUUCUAAAUACAAAACUGAAAUAAAGUCUGAAUAAAUGUCUACACACUAACAACAAAUUUGAAGUAAAGUAUAAAUGUGUCACGAUCGUUGAGAGACGGGUCAGACCAAGGUGCAGCGUGGUAUGAGAGACGGGUCAGACCAAGGUGCAGCGUGGUAUGAGAGACGGGUCAGACCAAGGUGCAGCGUGGUAUGAGAGACGGGUCAGACCAAGGUGCAGCGUGGUAUGAGAGACGGGUCAGACCAAGGUGCAGCGUGGUAUGAGAGACGGGUCAGACCAAGGUGCAGCGUGGUAUGAGAGACGGGUCAGACCAAGUUGCAGCGUGGAAUGAGAGACGGGUCAGACCAAGGUGCAGCGUGGUAUGAGAGACGGGUCAGACCAAGGUGCAGCGUGGUAUGAGAGACGGGUCAGACCAAGGUGCAGCGUGGUAUGAGAGACGGGUCAGACCAAGUUGCAGCGUGGAAUGAGAGACGGGUCAGACCAAGGUGCAGCGUGGUAUGAGAGACGGGUCAGACCAAGGUGCAGCGUGGUAUGAGAGACGGGUCAGACCAAGUUGCAGCAUUGAAUGAGAGACGGGUCAGACCAAGGUGCAGCGUGGUAUGAGAGACGGGUCAGACCAAGGUGCAGCGUGGUAUGAUAGACGGGUCAGACCAAGGUGCAACAUGGUAUGAGAGACGGGUCAGACCAAGGUGCAGCGUGGUAUGAGAGACGGGUCAGACCAAGGUGCAGCGUGGUAUGAGAGACGGGUCAGACCAAGGUGCAGCGUGGUAUGAGAGACGGGUCAGACCAAGGUGCAGCGUGGUAUGAGAUACGGGUCAGACCAAGGUGCAGCGUGGUAUGAGAGACGGGUCAGACCAAGAUGCAGCGUGGUAUGAGAGACGGGUCAGACCAAGGUGCAGCGUGGUAUGAGAGACGGGUCAGACCAAGGUGCAGCGUGGUAUGAGAGAUGGUCAGACCAAGGUGCAGCGUGGUAUGAGAGACGGGUCAGACCAAGGUGCAGCGUGGUAUGAGAGACGGGUCAGACCAAGGUGCAGCGUGGUAUGAGAGACGGGUCAGACCAAGGUGCAACGUGGUAUGAGAGAUGGGUCAGACCAAGGUGCAGCGUGGUAUGAGAGACGGGUCAGACCAAGGUGCAGCGUGGUAUGAGAGACGGGUCAGACCAAGGUGCAACGUGGUAUGAGAGACGCGUCAGACCAAGGUGCAGCGUGGUAUGAGAGACGGGUCAGACCAAGGUGCAGCGUGGUAUGAGAGACGGGUCAGACCAAGGUGCAGCGUGGUAUGAGAGACGGGUCAGACCAAGGUGCAGCGUGGUAUGAGAGAUGGGUCAGACCAAGGUGCAGCGUGGUAUGAGAGACGGGUCAGACCAAGGUGCAGCGUGGUAUGAGAGACGGGUCAGACCAAGGUGCAGCGUGGUAUGAGAGACGGGUCAGACCAAGGUGCAGCGUGGUAUGAGAGACGGGUCAGACCAAGGUGCAGCGUGGUAUGAGAGACGGGUCAGACCAAGGUGCAGCGUGGUAUGAGAGACGGGUCAGACCAAGGUGCAGCGUGGUAUGAGAGACGGGUCAGACCAAGGUGCAGCGUGGUAUGAGAGACGGGUCAGACCAAGGUGCAGCGUGGUAUGCGAACAUGUUUAUUAGAACAAUAAACACAGACAAAACUACAAAAGGCAAUGAACCGUGACGUCGGAAGGUUAAACACAAACAAGCCAAACACACCGAAACACAAACAAGAUCCCACAAUAAAGGUAGGCAACCAGGCUACCUAAGUAUGAUCCCCAAUCAGAGACAACGAGCGACAGCUGCCUCUGAUUGGGAAUCACACCCGGCCGAACAUAGAAAUACAAACCUUGAACUAACCAUAGACAUACACAUAGAAACUCACGCCCUGACCAAACCAACUAAAGACAACCGGCCUCUCAAGGUCAGGGCGUGACAAAAUGUUUGCACUAUAUCAACAAAACUGAAUUAAAGUUUGAAUAAAUGUUUGCACUCUACCAACAAAAUUGAAGUACAUUCUGAAUAAAUGUCUGAAUUCUCCCAACAAAUCUGAAAUCUACCAACAAAAUUGAAGUAAAGUCUGAGUAAAUGUCCGCGCCCUACCAACAAAUCUGAAGUAAUGUUGGAAUAAAUGUCUACACUCUACCAACAAAACUGAAUUAAAUUCAGGAUAAAUGUCUGCACUAUACUAACAAAUCUGUAUCAAAGUCUUAAUAAAUGUCUACACACUACCAACAAAACUGAAGUCCUGUCUGAACUCUACCAACAAAUCUGAAGUAAAGUCUGAAUAUAGUAGCCAUCUCUAGGAAAACCAAAGUUCCAAAGGCUGGGCCUAAUAUAGUGUAUAAGAGGUCAUACAAUAAGUUUUGGAGUGAUUCCUAUGUUGUUGAUGUAAAUAAUAUAUGUUGGUCCGUGGUGUGUAAUGAGGAGCAACCAGACCCUGCACUUGACACAUUUAUGAAAUUGCUUAUUCCAGUUACAGAUAAGCAUGCACCCAUUAAGAAAAUGACAGUAAAAACUGUUAAAUCCCUGUGGAUUGAUGAGGAAUUGCAAAAUGGUAUGGUUGAGAGGGAUGAGGCAAAAGGAAUGGAAAAAUAAGUCUGGCUGCACAACCGAUUGGCAAACGUAUUGCAAAUUGAGAAAUCAUGUGACUAAACUGAAUAAAAAUAAUUAGAAACUACUCUAUGAAACAAAGAUAAAUGACUUAAAAAAAUAUAGUAAAAAGCUUUGGAGCACCUUAAAUGAAAUUUUGGGCAAAAAGGCAAACUCUGCUCCAUCAUUCAUUGAAUCAGAUGGCUCAGUCAUCACAAAACCAACUGAUAUUGCCAACUACUUCAAUGAUUUUUUCAUUGGCAAGAUGAGCAAACUGAGGCAUGACAUGCCAGCAACAAACGCUGACACUACACAUCCAAGUAUAUCUGACCAAAUUAUGAAAGACAAGCGUUGUCAUUUUGAAUUCAGUAAAGUGAGUGUGGAAAGGGUGAAAAAAAGUAUUGUUGUCUAUCAACAAUGACAAGCCACCGGGGUCUGACAACUUUAUUACUGAGGAUAAUAGCGGACGAUAUUGCCACUCCUAUUUGCCAUCUCUUCAAUCUAAGCCCACUAGAAAUGGUCUGCCCCCAGGCCUGGAGGGAUCCAUAAUAAAUAUAAUAUAAUAUAUAAUAUUAAUAAUAUUAUAUUAUAUAAUAAAUACAAAUACACUAGAUGUGCAAUUAAAAGGGCCAGAUGCACAAUUAAAGGGGAUCUACACUCAGUUUGUUUUUAUUUUUUAUCUUUCAGACCUAAAGAAAUGUGUCUUCUGAUUAUUUUAGCAUUGACAUGGACUCAGAACAUCCAAUUUUUUUGUUUCUCUGUGAACAGUUUUAAUUUUGAGAGUGAAAAACCCCCAAAAUAUCUAAAACCAGAAAAAACUAAACUGAGAAAACAUAAUUUGGGAAAAUAUAAAACAAUUGUGGGGGGGGGAAAAAAUCACAGAUUUUAUAGCCCCCCCUUUCAGUUUAUUAUUAACCAUUAUUUAUGAACAAAAAACUUAGAAAGUGGUGCACUAAGAACCCAGGGAAGAGUUGCAGGGGAGACAAGAAGAACGGGGCCUAUUUGAAAGCUAUAAAUAAAUGAGUAGCUCACGACAUGUUUUAUUUUUUCAAAGUAGCGAAAUAGGAUUCUAGAAAAGGUUGGAGACCCCUGCGCUAGAGUCUGUGGAGAAUAGACCCUCUAUGAGGCGUCUGGCCAGACUAACACAGAGACAUGAUGGAGGACAGAGAGAGAAGGCUACUGCCACGGUUAUCAAAGUUUCAAGUUUUAUUAGUCUUACGGCAUGCGCAUGGUAUACCUCAUCCAACCUAACGCCUACUUGCAGGUUGCCGCUGGAUGGCCUUGCGGUUGUGCACGGAGCCAUUCCCGUACCAGGCCGUGAUGGAACCGGUCAAGGCGCUCUCGAUGGUAUUUGGAGAGGACCCGGGGCAGCGUGCCGAAUUUCUUCAGCCGCCUUAGGAAGUAGAGACGGGGUUGCGCCCUCUUGACAAGAGUGUUGUUGUUGUUGUUGUUGUUGUUGUUGUUGUUGUGUCCAUGAGUCUGUCUCUGUUUGUUUGCCUGUUGUUCAGAGAUUCUCCAGGAGACUAAAUGUUUACUACUCCUGAACACAAACUGUGACAGGUCUCUGGAUUCAGAUGCAAGUGUCAGUGUUUAACAUAGGGGAGAGUGGGGUAAGUGGAGCCAGUGUUUAAUGUAGGGGAGUGUUUAAUGUAGGGGAGAGUGGGGUACGUUGAGUCAGUGUUUAAUGUAGGGGAGAGUGGGGUACGUGGAGUCAGUGUUUAACAUAGGGGAGAGUGGGGUAUGUUGAGCCAGUGUUUAAUGUAGGGGAGAGUGGGGUACGUUGAGUCAGUGUUUAACAUAGGGGAGAGUGGGGUACGUUGAGUCAGUGUUUAAUGUAGGGAGAGUGGGGUACGUGGAGCCAGUUUUUAACAUAGGGGAGAGUGGGGUACGUUGAGUCAGUGUUUAACAUAGGGGAGAGUGGGGUACGUUGAGUCAGUGUUUAAUGUAGGGUAGGGGAGAGUGGGGUACGUUGAGCCAGUGUUUAACAUAGGGGAGAGUGGGGUACGUUGAGUCAGUGUUUAACAUAGGGGAGAGUGGGGUACGUUGAGUCAGUGUUUAACAUAGGGGAGAGUGGGGUACGUUGAGUCAGUGUUUAAUGUAGGGAGAGUGGGGUACGUGGAGCCAGUUUUUAAUAUAGGGGAGAGUGGGGUAUGUUGAGCCAGUGUUUAACAUAGGGGAGAGUGGGGUACGUUGAGCCAGUGUUUAAUGUAGGGAGAGUGGGGUAUGUUGAGCCAGUGUUUAAUAUAGGGGAGAGUGGGGUACGUUGAGCCAGUGUUUAACAUAGGGGAGAGUGGGGUACGUUGAGUCAGUGUUUAAUAUAGGGGAGAGUGGGGUACGUUGAGCCAGUGUUUAAUGUAGGGGAGAGUGGGGUAUGUUGAGCCAGUGUUUAACAUAGGGGAGAGUGGGGUAUGUUGAGCCAGUGUUUAAUGUAGGGGAGAGUGGGGUACGUUGAGCCAGUGUUUAACAUAGGGGAGAGUGGGGUAUGUUGAGCCAGUGUUUAAUGUAGGGGAGAGUGGGGUACGUUGAGCCAAUGUUUAACAUAGGGGAGAGUGGGGUAUGUUGAGCCAGUGUUUAAUGUAGGGGAGAGUGGGGUACGUUGAGCCAAAGGUGUAAGUUGAGCCAUCCUUGUUUCUAAGAAACCAUACACAACCUAACCCUAACCCAUUGGACCAAAUAUUUAGGAAUAUGUCAUGAAGGAGUCUGUGAAGGAAGAAACCACAUGGAAAAAGUUAGGUCCAAAAAAACAGUCUUUCGCCAAGUCAAAUUAAUUUAUUGUGUUAACCAAAGUAGAUAAUUAAUUUAUGGUAAACCAAAGUAGACAAUUUAAAGUUUUUUCUAUACAUCAGUUGGGGUCUCUAUAAGUUUCAAUAUGAGGUCCUAAACCUAGCAUGAAAGUGCAUCCUUGUUGCUGUGUGGGCUAAUAUAGUCCAAAUGUUUGCGUUGGGUUGAGUUGAGCGUAUGGCCUUGGGGUAUUUGAGCCAAUGGUUGAGCGAAUGGCAAGUUGAGCAAAUUGAAAUGAUUUCUGCCCAGGCAUAAUGCAUUAUCUCUGGGAUAUGAAGUAACAACAAUGUUAAACAUUUUUUUUUUUUUUUUUUUAAGUACAAAGUGUUUUUUAGAUGUCAAGCCUUUGUUAAAAUGUGCUUAAAAUUAUUAAAAAGACAAAAAAACUAUUGUGUUGAAUUGUGUUUGGAAAUAUUUCAUUCAGUAUCAAAAUUUGUAGCCGGCUUAAUUUACCCUGUCUGGCUAAUCAAUUUACCACAUACCCGGCAUAAAUUGUGCCAAGAGACAAGCUAUGUUUUCAAAACUGUAAUGUUUACAUGAAUUCUGAUUAUUUCCAGGGAUACACAACAUCCUGAACUACAGUAUAUGUAGAUAUCUUUGUUAGAAAGAAUACUAUAUUUCCCUUGACGUAGUGAUGCUGAAUGUAAAAAAAGGCUCAACUUACCCCACUCUCCCCUACUAAGCUUUCAGUCAACAUGAAUCUUUGUCAGAGCAUUCACAAACACAUCCAGCUGGAUUUCAUUUCUCUGGUGAACAAUAUGUUAUUUUACACAACAUGGAAUGAUUCCACCGGGACCCGCAUCUCCCAGCCCGCCCGGGCCUCAGAACCCCACCAGGACCCUCAUCUCCCAGCCCGCCCAGGCCUCAGAGCCCCACCAGGACCCGCAUCUCACAGCCCCACCAGGCCUCAGAGCCCCACCAGGACCCUCAUCUCCCAGCCCGCCCAGGCCUCAGAGCCCCACCAGGACCCGCAUCUCCCAGCCCGCCCGGGCCUCAGAGCCCCACCAGGACCCCCAGCUCACAGCCCCCGAGCCUCAAACCCCACAGCCGUCCAUCUUGGAGCCUACAGCACACAACACGGCCCCCGAGCUCAGGGCUCCCACAGCCUCACAAUACACCCCACAGCUCCCUAGCCUACAGCAUUAUCUCACCAGCCCCCCCAGCACACACACAGGCCUCAGCGCCCCACCAAGACCCCUCAAAAGUCCCCCAGGUCUCAGAGCCCCACUAGCUCUUUUGCACACGGUUUUGAAUGGUAAUUGGAGAUGGAUGGACUCCCAAAAGCUUGUGUCCAAUAAUAUCACACGGAAUGAAACCACCCCAUCACUCCGUCUCCCAGUGUGUUCUGCUACGCUGUAUAUUUUCAACACUCAGUAUUCCAUGGGGAAUCUGUCUAUGAAUGCGUCCCAAAUGGCACCCUGUCCCCUAUACAGUCCCAAUGGGCCCUGGUCAAAAGUAGUGCACUAUAAAGGGAACAGGGUGCCUUUUGGAAUGCAACGUACUGUAUAUUUUCUUGUUGAUUCCCCAGGUAGGUUUGUUUCUUAAUGAGCCCCCCAGUGAAGACUCCUUGUCUCCUUCAGGGCCAGUGAAGACUCCUUGUCUCCUUCAGGGCCAGUGAAGACUCCUUGUCUCCUUCAGGGCCCAUCAGGGAUUCCGUUUCCUUUUUGAGGCCAACCGCUUUACCUGCAUACGGUUCAAUUCCUCGGUUGAUCGCCACUCAUCCUGAGAAUGCUACCUACAGUUGAAGUCGGAAGUUUACAUACACCUUAGCCAAAUACAUCUAAACUCAGUUUUUCACAAUUCCUUACAUCUAAUCCUAGUAAAUCUCAUGUUAAAUACUGUUGAAGUAAUAUGGCUACAGGUUCAUCUGCCUCACCUAAAGCCCAUUCUGGUGGGAAGCUGCUAUAGACCACCAAGUGCUAACAGUCAGUAUCUGGAUAAUAUGUGUGAAAUGCAUGAUAAGCAGUCACUACCAUCAUGGGACUUUUAUUAAUUGUUUUAUUCUGUGGUUACAGUUUUCAACCCAAAUAAAAAAUUAUUAUAAUCGAAACCGAACCGACCUCAAAAAGCACUAAUCACUAAUGAUCAGUGAUCAUACAAGAGACUUCUCAUCAAAACUAAACAUGAUCAGUGAUCACACAAAAAGACUUCUCAUCAAAACUAAACAUGAUCAGUGAUCACACAAAAAGAAUGCUCACGUUGGUUGAAAAUCACAGCCACAGAAAACAGACAAAAAACAGCAUAUUCAAACGCAUAAUCUCAUAAUUAGACCAACACUGUGCAAAAAUGUCCAUUAAUUGCAAUCUACAUAAUCACAUUACCUAUUGCUGCAGGAUUAUUUUCCUGCUGUAGCAAACUGGCUCAAAUUAAGAUCCUACAUCUAAUCUAAGAACCAUUGUAGGUCCUAACCAAGUCCUUAUUGCACAAUGAGAAUGGAAUUAUUCACACAUGAUGCAUCCCAAGUGGAACCCUAUGUAGUGCACUAGCUUUGACCAGAUGACACACAAAGAGGAGAGAUAUUAUUAUUAGAGAAACAAAUGCAUUAACUCUGGCUGUAGUUAAGAGAUGUUUGAACAUUGUUAGGUUGAGAUUAUUGAAUAAUAGUUUUUCCUUAAUGCUGAUAGUAUUCUGCUCACUAUCUGAACUUUACACUCAAAGUUUCCACUCUCAAAUCUCGAAACCCAUAACUGAACUAUUUCUUAUAUUCAAGAAUAAAAGUUUAAGUAUGUAUCUUCACAAUGAAAUAAUUAAAGAAAGCUCAAUCCAAUUGAGAGAAUACUUUCAUGUACAUUUGAAGUCGGAUGGCCAAAUGCAUUUAAAUUCAGUUUUUCACAAUUCCUGACAUUUAAUCCUAGUAAAAAUUCCCUGUUUUAGGUCAGUUAGGAUCACCACUUUAUUUUAAGAAUGUGAAAUGUCAGAUUAAUAGUAGAGAGAAUGAUUUAUUUCAGCUUUUAUUUCUUUCAUCACAUUCCCAGUGGGUCAGAAGUUUACAUACACUCAAUUAGUAUUUGGUAGCAUUGCCUUUAAAUUGUUUAACUUGGGUCAAACGUUUCAAGUAGCCUUCCACAAGCUUCCCACAAUAAGUUGGGUGAAUUUUGGCCCAUUCCUCCUGACAGAGCUGGUGUAACGGAAUCAGGUUUGUAGGCCUCCUUGCUCGCACACGCUUUUUCAGUUCUGCCCACACAUUUUCUACAGGAUUGAGGUCAGGGUUUUGUGAUGGCCACUCCAAUACCUUGACUUUGUUGUCCUUAAGCCAUUUUGCCACAACUUUGGAAGUAUGCUUGGGGUCAUUGUCCAUUUGGAAGACCCAUUUGCAACCAAGCUUUAACUUCCUGACUGAUGUCUUGAGAUGUUGCUUCAAUAUAUCCACAUAAUUUUCUUUCCUCAUGAUGCCAUCUAUUUUGUGAAGUGCACCAGUCCCUCCAGCAGCAAAGCACCCCCACAGCAUUUUCCUCCAAACAUAACGAUGUUCAAUAUGGCCAAACAGUUAUAUUUUUGUUUCAUCAGACCAGAGGACAUUUCUCCAAAAAGUAAGAUCUUUGUCCCCAUGUGCAGUUGCAAACCGUGGUCUGGCUUUUUUAUGGCGGUUUUGGAGCAGUGGCUUCUUCCUUGCUGAGCGGCCUUUCAGGUUAUGUCGAUAUAGGACUUGUUUUACUGUGGAUAUAAAUACUUUUGUACCUGUUUCCUCCAGUAUCUUCACAAGGUCCUUUGCUGUUGUUCUGGGAUUGAUUUGCACUUUUCGCAACAAAGUACGUUCAUCUCUAGGAGACAGAACGCGUCUCUUUCCUGAGCGGUAUGACGGCUGCGUGGUCCCAUGGUGUUUAUACUUGCAUACUAUUGUUUGUACAGAUGAACGUGGUCCCUUCAGGCGUUUGGAAAUUGCUCCCAAGGAUGAACCAGACUUGUGGAGGUCUACAAUUAUUUUUCGGAGGUCUUGGCUGAUUUCUUUUGAUUUCCCCAUGAUGUCAAGCAAAGAGGCACUGAGUUUGAAGGUAGGCCUUGAAAUACAUCCACAGGUACACCUCCAAUUGACUCAAAUGAUGUCAAUUAGCCUAUUAGAAGCUUCUAAAGCCAUGAUGUCAUUUUCUGGAAUAUUCCAGAAUGUUUAAAGGACAGUCAAUUUAGUGUAUGUAAAUAGUGAUACAGUCAAUUAUAAGUGAAAGAAUCUGUCUGUAAACAAUUGUUGGAAAAAUUACUUGUGUCAUGCACAAAGCAGAUGUCCUAACCGACAUGCCAAAAUUUGUGGAGUGGUUGAAAAACGAGUUUUAAUGACUCCAACCUACAGUGUAUGUAAACUUCCGACUUCAACUGUAGCUACACUGCACAACCUAACCACCCCUGAAGACAUCUCUCUCUCACACACACACACACACACACACUCACACACACUCACACUCACACUCACACUCACACUCACACACACACACACACACACACACACACACACACACACACACACACACACACACACACACACACACACACACACACACACACACACACACACACUCACACUCACACUCACACUCCCCCUAUAGACCUCCUUCUGGCUGAUUCCAGGAGGAAAAAAAACUCAUCUAAAUGUGAAGGAGUGCCUCCUGUGGAGAGUAGUAUUCCCAGGUGGAACCAGCCUGCCUUUGAAUUCACAUUUGUCAAGUUUCACUCAAAAGCUCUGACGGAGGCCUUUUGAGGCCGAUACGUAACGCUUUAAUAAAGAGCAGCGACAGUAGCAAGAGCAGUGUGCAGGUUUCUAAUUUUUUCUCAAGUUUCACUCUGAAACAGAACACAAAUAACUGCUACCAAAGACAGAACAGAGAAUGUUGAGGAUGGUUUGGCAGGAAGCAGCACAGAGGAGAGGAGGAAGUGAGACAUUUCCACAGAGUGGCAGGAGGCCCACACUCCUCCUCUUUAAAGUCAAAAGGAGGAAAGACAACCCAAAAAGGUCAACAAUCUCCCAUCUCUCGAAAGUUGACAUUUGAUGAGCAUUUUGCUGCGUAAAGAGAUUGUAUUCAUCUGGAUGACGGCUCCCUGAGGUUUUAAAUCAUGUUUGAUGGCUAGAUCCUGAUUCUGCAGCGUUUUUUUUAAACUCGAUAGGGAAAGGGCCUCCAAUCUUCCUAUCCGAACCACCUGCAAUGUUUCCUCACUAUUUCCAAUCUUUCCUCUCGGUUCCCUUUCUCCUUCUGCUGGCUGAAAGGUAGAUGAUGCCGACAGAAAUGUCAAGCUGCUUGAGGCAUAGAGAAACCUACGUUCAGAAAACACGUCAAUUAUACGAAUGAGAAGAACAGCUAACAGCUUCCACGUCGAACUGGAAACGUCGUCCAUCUUUAGCUCUACAAGCUCCAUACUCCUCCUCCAUCUUCUCUCUUCUCCUGUUCCUUUUGAUAUUAGUUAUUGGAGUGUAUUAAUUCUCUACCAGGUGAGUUCCAACGGCGGCAGCAGGCUUCUCAGUGGCUGAGUCUGGCACCUCUUAAAGGUCAGCUCCACGUGACAGGGUGUGUGUGUGUGUGUGACCUGUAAGUCAGCUGUACUGUCUUAACCUUUACAUUUUAGCAGACACUCUUAUCCAGAGCGACUUACAGUUAGUGCAUACAUUAUUAUUUUUUAUUUUUUUAAUACCCCCUGUGGGAAUCAAACCCACAACCCUGGCGUUGCAAACGCCAUGCUCUAUCAACUGAGCUACAUCCCUGCCGGCCAUUCCCCUCCCCUACCCUGGACGACGCUGGGCCAAUUGCACGCCGCCCCAUGGGGUCUCCCGAUCGUGACCGGCUACGACAGAGCCUGGAUUCGAACCAGGAUCUCCAGUGGCACAGCUAGCACUGCGAUGCGGAGCCUUAGACCACUGCGCCACUCGGGAGGAUUUAGUGUAUCGGUUUCCAGUUCUCAGUAGACGCUCUAGGAGUUGAUUAUCUGAACCAAACUGACUUGUUCCAGAAAUAAAGAGGUCAUAGUCAGUGACACCAUAACACACACACACACCUACACAACACAAAUCCAGCCAGUGCUGUGGCCCCGUCCACCUCUACUGUUCUGAUCCUCCCAAAUAGCAUUCAUCACGACCAUACCAGGACAUAAUAGCUUGACUAUAUUAAACACAGCACCCUGUCCUCACAGCACCUCAUCAAAUCUACAGUAUAUUCAACACAGCACCCUGUCCUCACAGCACCUCAUCAAAUCUACAGUAUAUUCAACACAGCACCUGUCCUCACAGCACCUCAUCAAAUCUACAGUAUAUUAAACACAGCACCCUGUCCUCACAGCACCUCAUCAAAUCUACAGUAUAUUCAACACAGCACCCUGUCCUCACAGCACCUCAUCAAAUCUACAGUAUAUUAAACACAGCACCCUGUCCUCACAGCACCUCAUCAAAUCUACAGUAUAUUCAACACAGCACCCUGUCCUCACAGCACCUCAUCAAAUCUACAGUAUAUUCAAACACAGCACCCUUGUCCUCACAGCACCUCAUCAAAUCUACAGUAUAUUCAACACAGCACCCUGUCCUCACAGCACCUCAUCAAAUCUACAGUAUAUUCAACACAGCACCCUGUCCUCACAGCACCUCAUCAAAUCUACAGUAUAUUCAACACAGCACCCUGUCCUCACAGCACCUCAUCAAAUCUACAGUAUAUUCAACACAGCACCCUGUCCUCACAGCACCUCAUCAAAUCUACAGUAUAUUCAACACAGCACCCUGGUCCUCACAGCACCCUCAUCAAAUCUACAGUAUAUCAAACACAGCACCUGUCCUCACAGCACCUCAUCAAAUCUACAGUAUAUUCAACACAGCACCCUGUCCUCACAGCACCUCAUCAACAUCUACAGUAUAUUCAACACAGCACCCUGUCCUCACAGCACCUCAUCAAAUCUACAGUAUAUUCAACACAGCACCUGUCCUCACAGCACCUCAUCAAAUCUACAGUAUAUUCAACACAGCACCUUGUCCUCACAGCACCUCAUCAAAUCUACAGUAUAUUCAACACAGCACCCUGUCCUCACAGCACCUCAUCAAAUCUACAGUAUAUUAAACACAAGCACCCUUGUCCUACACAGCACCUCAUCAAAUCUACAGUAUAUUCAAAACACAGCACCCCCUUGUCCUCACAGCACCUCAUCAAAAUCUUACAGUAUAUUCCAACACAAGCACCUUUUGUCCUCACAGCACCACCUCAUCAAAAUCUACAGUAUAUUCAACACAGCACCCUUGGUCCUCACAGCACCUCAUCAAAUCUACAGUAUAUUCAACACAGCACCCUGUCCUCACAGCACCUCAUCAAAUCUACAGUAUAUUAAACAAUAAAAUCAAAUCAAAUUUUCUUGGUCACAUACACAUAUUUAGCAGAUGUUAUUGCGGGUGUAGCUAAAUGCUUGUGUUCCUAGCUCCAACAGUGCAGUAGUAUCUAACAAUUCACAACAAUACACACAAAUCUAAAAGAAAAAAAUUUAAAUGAAGAAAUAUAUAAAUAUUAGAACGAGCAAUGUCAGAGUGGCAUUGACUAAAUACAGUAGAAUAGAAUACAGUAUAUACAUAUGAGAUGAGUAAAGCAGUAUGUAAACAUUAUUAAAGUGACUAGUGUUCCAUUAUUAAAGUGACUAGUGUUCCAUGUCUAUGUAUAUAGGGCAGCAGCCUCUAAGGUGCAGGGUUGAGUAACCGGGAGGUAGCCGGCUAGUGAUGGCUAUUUAACAGUCUGAUGGCCUUGAGAUAGAAACUGUUUUUCAGUCUCUCGGUCCCCGCUUUGAUGCACCUGUACUGACCUUGCCUUCUGGAUGAUAGCGGGGUGAACAGGCAGUGGCUCGGGUGGUUGAUGUCCUUGAUGAUCUUUUUGGCCUUCCUGUGACAUCGGGUGCUGUAUGUGUCUUGGAGGGUGGGUAGUUUGCCCCCGGUAAUGCGUUCGGCAGACAGCACCACCCUCUGGACAGCCCUGCGGUUGCGGCGGUGCAGUUGCCAUACCAGGCGGUGAUACAGCCUGACAGGAUGCUCUCAAUUGUGCAUCUGUAAAAGUUUGUGAGGGUCUUUCUUCAGCCUCCUGAGGUUGAAGAGGUGCCUUCACCACACUGUCUGUGUGGGUGGACCAUAUCAGAUUGUCAGUGAUGUGUACACUGAGGAACUUGAAGCUUUCCACCUUCUCCACUGCGAUCCCGUCGAUCUGGAUAGGGGCGUGCUCCCUCUGCUGUUUCCUGAAGUCCACGAUCAGCUCCUUUGUUUUGAUUUUCCUGGCACCACUCUGCCAGGGCCCUCACCUCCUCCCUGUAGGCUGUCUCGUCAUUGUUGGUAAUCAGGCCUACAUGAAAUGAUUUCCACAAAUUAACUUUUAACAAGGCACACCUGUUAAUUGAAAUGCAUUCCAGGUGACUACCUCAUGAAGCUGGUUGAGAGAAUGCCAAGAGUGUGCAAAGCUGUCAUCAAGGCAAAGGGUGGCUAUUUGAAGAAUCUCAAAUAUAUAAAAUAUAUUUUUAUUUGUUUAAUACUUUUUUGGUUACUACAUGAUUCCAUAUGUGUUAUUUCAUAGUUUUGAUGUCUUCACUAUUAUUCUAGAAAAUAGUAAAAAUAAAGAAAGACUGUUGAAUGAGUAGGUGUUCCAAAACCUCUGCUACUUUCCAUAUGUGUUGCACUAUACAGGUAAUUGGGUACCAUUUGGCAUCAACAGCCCUAUUUCCUAUUUCCAGGAAGAGAUUUCUGUGAGAUAUAACGGUCUCACCCUGAGUUCCUAAUGGUGGUCUUUACAGGCGGUGUGAAAACACUGGCCUCAGCAGGCAGCGUUCGUACCCUGGCACACCAGGGGGGGGGGGUGAGUAUGUGUUGGGUCGUGGGGCUAGUGUGUGUGUGUGUUGGGUCGUGGGGCUAGUGUGUGUGUGUGUUGGGUCGUGGGGCUAGUGUGUGUGUGUGUGUGUGAGUGUCUGGUGAGCAGAGCCAGGCCCCAUAGGGACAGGAUCUAGCAGCAGAUUGGGCAGCCUGUAGGGAGGACCCCGCUGCUGCCUGUAGGGAGGACCCCGCUGCUGCCUGUAGGGAGGACCCCGCUGCUGCCUGUAGGGAGGACCCCGCUGCUGCCUGUAGGGAGGACCCCGCUGCUGCCUGUAGGGAGGACCCCGCUGCUGCCUGUAGGGAGGACCCCGCUGCUGCCUGUAGGGAGGACCCCGCUGCUGCCUGUAGGGAGGACCCCGCUGCUGCCUGUAGGGAGGACCCCGCUGCUGCCUGUAGGGAGGACCCCGCUGCUGCCUGUAGGGAGGACCCCGCUGCUGCC